GCGUAGUGCAGCUCGUCGGAUGUCCGAUGUAGUGAUAACCGAGUUGAAUGCAUUCGAUUGUGUGUGCACCGUGCGGCAGUUGUGUAAUGUGUGCAUGCUCUAUCACCGCAAUAGUACAAUAACAACAACACCCCCGCGUCGCACUCGUCCGCAGUGCUGUUCUCGUGGUGUAUUUUAGUUUUUCCGUCCCCGUAAACGGAUACCGAAUCGUGUGCGUGCUCGUAGGUUUAUAGUCUUUUGGUUUGUCGUACGUUCGCCGUCGGUGUCGCGCGCGCGUCUCUUUCCGCCGAUCGCCGCCCGUAGACCACGAAACCGCCGCUGUUGUUUUCCGACCCUGUCUCGCCGCCAACGAUAAGUCACUGCCGCCAAGCGCUGGGCGAAAUGGACGCCGUCAAUCGGUUCACGUCCACUGGUGCCCACCGACUGACCGCCGUCAGCGUUCCCCUGUGAAUUCCACGCGAGUCUUCCCGUCGCAUCGAUACGAUGUCGUGUGGCUCGCGUUUAGCGACGCCGUCGUUCGCGGCAGCAACGGUGUUGUUGUUAAUAGUAGGCUUUUGUGCGGUUUCGUUUGCUCACUCUUCGAGGCAACAGAUCCAAGACGGACCGAUCGGCGACGACACGACCGGUCACCAUGGCCGGUGUGAGCCCAUCACCAUACCGUUUUGCAUGGGCAUAGCGUAUAACGAGACGAUCAUGCCCAACAUGUUGGGCCAACAGCGUCAAGACGAAGCGGGCUUCGAAGUGCAGCAGUACUAUCCGUUGGUAAAAAUCCAGUGUUCGCACGAUUUGCAAUUCUUUUUGUGCAGCGUUUUCGUUCCCGUUUGCACUAUAAUCGAAAGACCUAUUCCGCCGUGUCGAUCGCUGUGCGUGUCAGCGCGCAACGGCUGUGAAUCGAUCAUGAAUCGUUUUCAAAUUGAAUGGCCCGACAAUCUGGAAUGUUCGAAAUUUCCUGAAAACGGACAACUUUGCGUUGGUGAGAAUAACGUCACAAACACUUCUCCAACACCACAGACUGGUUUAAUAGAACAAAACGGAAAAGAUUUAUCAGCACCUGGAUCUAGACACUUUUCAGGAGACCAAGGAUAUGCAAAUAAUCCUAAUAACUUUGACAUUGGAUUUGUUUGCCCACAACAGUUUCGAAUUGAGUCUGCUAGCAACAAAAAGAGAUCUGAUAGGAGCAAUCAAGUUUAUACAUUAAAAGUUGGCAAUAAGGUAGUAAAAGAUUGUGGCGUUCCGUGUGAUGCAUUCUGGAGUCAAGAUCAAAUGCGCAAAGCUAGAUCAUGGGUGGCUUUGUGGUCUGUAUUGUGUGCUAUUUCCUGUUUAUUUACAUCCUUAACAUUUGCCAUUGAUACUCACCGUUUUCGAUAUCCAGAACGACCAAUAAUAUUUUUGUCUUUAUGUUAUCUGAUGGUUUCCAUAUCUUAUCUGAUUGGAUAUUUAUCGGGAAACAACAUUGCGUGCAAUAAGCAAAAUUUAAUUACUCAAGGCACUGAUGAUAAUGAAUGGUGUACUGUACUAUUUAUGGUGUCUUAUUUCUUCAGUACCGCAUCCUCGGUGUGGUGGGUUGUGUUGACAUUGACUUGGUUCCUGGCUGCUGGACUUAAAUGGGGACAUGAAGCUAUUGAAGCAAAUUCUCAUUAUUUCCACUUGGCGGCAUGGACAGUUCCUGCUGCUAAAACGAUUACAGUACUAGCUAUGGGAAAAAUUGAGGGUGAUGUGUUAACUGGUAUCUGUUCAAUGGCUGUUUGGAGUGAUGAUACUGCCGUGAGAGACAUGGUGCUGAUUCCAUUAGUAGUAUACCUGAUCUUAGGUACAGCAUUUUGGAUGGCUGGAUUUGUUUCUUUAUGCCGCAUUCGAAAAGUAAUGAAACAUGAUGGCACCCGGGGUACUGACAAAUUGGAAAAAUUGAUGAUACGAAUUGGUGUCUUUAGUGUUCUAUACACAGUACCUGCUGUGGCUCAAAUCUUAUGUUUAGUUUAUGAACAUGUCAAUCUCAGUUCAUGGAUUAUUAGUUGGCAUUCUGCUCUUUGCCAAGAUCCAAAGUAUGCUCUACCUUGUCCUGCUCAACCCAGCGAUCCAGGAAGAAAACCUAGCUUUGAGGUGUUUAUAGCUAAAUAUUUUGUUUCAUUAUUAGUUGGUCUUACAUCAAGUGUUUGGAUUUGGUCUGGUAAAACUUUAAAUAGUUGGCAAAAAUUCUUGGCACGAAUUCGACCUAAUUCAGGUAAAUCUGAAGCGUAUGUUUAAUUAACUUUAAAAUUUGAUUUAUUAAUAUAUCAUAAACGUUUGUUUUUUAAUUGAGAUUUCUUACAAACUAAUAUAUACUUAACACUUAUAUUUAUUAGAAAUGAUUUUAUGCCACUUUUGACUAUUCAAUUAUCUAUUUUAUUAGUUUAAGUCCUAUAUUCAAUGUACAUAUUAAUCAUCAAAAUUUGACCAUUUCUUAAUGAAUAAAUAACAUCAGUAAAUGUCAUGUAU